UCUGCUGGGAUGGGGUUCCUACAGCAGGGGGGGUGAGGCUGAGGUUUGGCUCUGGGGUUUUGUUGCACCUGUGUGAUCUCGAAUUCCUUCCUUGAAUCCUCCUAAAACCCUUUCCUCUCUGUAAUUCCGGCAGUGGAAUUCACCUGGGACAGGUGUGGGUGUGGGCAGAGAGGGGAAACAACUCCGGGGAAAUUCAAUCCUGUGACCCCUGAAAAUCCCGGGAGAGGUUUGGGGCAGCUCCAGCCCUUUCUGCCUGUCCGGUCCCUCCCUCCGGGACUCCUGUGGGACCCGGGGGUGCAGGUUGGGGUUUCUCCCUCCCUCCCUCCUGCUCUGCCUUGUUUUGUUCUCCCGGAUCAGGGGAAGGAGUGGCAGAGCUGGCACAGAGGACAGGGAGCACCUCCCUCUGUCCUUGCUUCAUCCCAGCGCAGGGAAUGUCCCCAUUUCCCUGGGCCACCCCUGCUCCAGGACGGGAGGAUGGGCUGGGAUCACCUGGGCACUUUGGGAAUCUCCUCAGCAGAGAUCUGCUCCCUCCUCAGCUCCAUCACGAGGUUUUCUUCAGGGUAUUUUAUUUAUUUUGUUAUAAACUCCGUGUAUUUUAUUCAUCCAGCCAAUGGUUCAGCACAUUUCUUCCCCCCAAAAAAAUUCCCAGGACUGAAGUGGAAGUCCCGAUUUCCACAAGUGGCAUAUUUUAGCUUUUUUUAACAAAACAGUUGUGUUUUCUUGGCAAAACGUCGUGGUGUCUGUGAUGUCACGAGGCUCCAAGGAGCUUUUGUCCUGCUGUGUGGGUCAGCGACACAAACACAAAGCUCCACCUCUGACACAAACCCUAUUUUUCCUUCCUUUUUUUCUUUCAUCUCUGGACAUCAAGGCUCAAGGUCGGCGGUGCGUGGGUGUGGUGAACGUCCCGCGCAUCCUUCCUUUUAAACCCAGAAAUUAGCUGAGCAAUUAGCAACGAAUUCCGUGUAAUUAGAGCAAUGGAACUGCACACCCAGGAUGGUGAAAACGAGCCGAGGAUUUUUCUUGGCAGUAGCAGGGGGAUGUUUUUGUGCUGGGGGUGGUCCUUAUCCAAGAUGAUCCCUGGGGAUGGGCAGGGCUGAGUGCUGCUCUCAGGGGCUCGUUGGCUGUGAGCAGUGGCAGGAGGGGAAGGUGCUGCUGAGACCAUGAUGUCCCUGGGUGUUGCUAAAGGAGGGCUGCUCCCCACCACGGACGAGGAUCGCCGCAGGAUCAUCCGGCAGAUGAAAGUUCGCACCACGCUGCGAGGGGACCAGAGCUGGAUCCAGCACCACAACUCCGACUCUGACGAGGACAAGAGCAGCCCCCUGCCUGGUGGGAGACCCCCAGCCCCCAAACCCGCUGCUCCCCAGCAGGACAGGUCCUCAGCCUCCAAGCCCCAGCCAGGAUACCUCAUCAGGGGGGUGUUCACCAGGACCAUCGACAAGAGCUCCUCUGAUUCUUCUUCACCUUCCAGCCAAGCACAGAAAAAAGCCUCCCAGAGCCGCUCCCCCUCGGGGUACAGGAUGACCACAGAGGACUACAAGAAAUUGGCUCCAUACAACAUCCGGCAGAAAUCUGGGGAUGGGGACCAGGAGGAUUCGCCUUUUUCUCCAGAUGAGCACAAGAAGAGGGCUGAGGCUGCCAACAGUGUUCUGCGGCGCUCGGCGGGUCGGGAGCGCGCCUACGUCCUGUCUGCAGCCAAAAAGAGCAAUGGCAGCCCAGCACAGGAGUUCCCAGCCCUGUUUGCCAAGAGGAUUGAGAUAGAAGAGGAGGAAGGACAGCAGAGGAGGAGUCCUGGGCCAGGUUCACCCAGGUGUGCUGCAGACAGCAGCAGUGCUAAUGGGCUGAGGAAAACCAGCCCUGGGCCUUCCUGGGAUGAGGCCAAGGCAGCAGCAGCCUCUCCCUGCAGCCCCAAACCAGGCAGCAGGAGCCAAACAUCCCCAUCCCUGAGCGACACUUUGGGGAAAAUUUCCAUUUCUGCUGAGACCAGGAAUGCUGAGGACAGGCAGGAGCUGAACGGGAAAUCCUCCUUGGGAGAGGUGUCCCAGCGUGGGGAUGGUGACAAAGCUCUGAAGGAAAAGCCUGAGAGGUUCCCAUGGGAGGAAGGAGCCCCCAGAGCCACGAAUGGGAGUUUUCCUGAGCACACAGAAGCCAAGAAUGGGUUUUACCCGCCAGAGUCACCGUUGCAGUCUGAUGUCCCUUUUCAUUCCUCUGAGAGAACCUCUGUGCACAUGGAGGACACAGAAUAUUCCUUUAAAAGGUCUGCCCUGGGCUACGAGGACAGGAGCAGCUCCACAGGUCCUGAGGGCUCAUCCCACCACCAGCCCUACUGGGAGGAGACAAGGUUUCUGGACCCAGGCAACCUCACUGAGAGGGACCCAGGAGCUCCUGGCCAUGAGUCCCCCCCAGAGACCCCCAGGCUGAGGGAUCCCAGUGAGCCCAGCAGGGCAGGGUGUGUCAGUGAGAACACCUUGGAAUCAGAGAGUGACCUGAGUGUUCCUGUUCCCAGGUCUGAGCUGCACUCCCAGGACACUGCUGGCAGCAGGGACAGGGACGUGGGGAUGUCAUCCUGUGUGCAGAGCGGGGACAGCACUGCAACAAGGUCCAGGUCUGUUGCUGAGGGAAGCAGCAUCCCAGCUCCAGAGACUGCACAUGCAGAGGAGUGUGAGCCACGCCGGGACAGGAUCGCUGUGGCCCAUGAGGAACAAAGCACUCCCAGCACAGACAGGCACUGGGAGAGCUUGGGGGGCUGGAAGCACAGCAAGCCCAGCCUGGGGCCAGCCAGCAGGUCUGACCUCAGCUCCCAGGAGAGUGUUCCCAGUGCCCUGGAGUCGCGGCCCCCCGGGCCCCUGUUCCAGGAGCGCCAGUCCUUCGGGGGCUCCGUGCCCAGUCACAGGAUCCCAGCCUACGUGGACAGCCAGGUGUUCAGCACCAGGAGGCCCAGCCCUGAUGCCCAAGGCAGUGUUUAUUCUGGGAGCAGCUGGUAUGACAGUGCCAGGGGGCACGGGGACUUCAGCCUCACUGCAGGACGAGAUGCCACCAUGGCCCAGAGAAGCCACAGGGUGCCAUUCUACAUGGACAGCUUAAACUGUAACAGCACCAGGCUUCUCUCCAGCUCCAGUGAGAGGCUCUGCAGCUCCCACCACAGCUCUGGGUACCAGCCUGACUCCAGCACUGCCGGGAGAGGGAUCCUCUUUGUCAAGGAGUACGUGAACACCGGCGGCUUCACAGCCUCGCCACGCCACGGCAGCCUUGUGGAUCUGAGUGACCUGGAGAGAAGCAGCUACAGCCAGCACAGUUUCCUGUCCAGUGCUCCCCUGCUCAGGUCCAGCGAGCCCCUGUGCAGUUACUGCAGCCGGGAGAUCCGAGACUGCCCCAAGAUCAUCAUAGAGCACCUGAACAUCCACUGCCACGAGUACUGCUUCAGGUGUGGAAUUUGCCACAAAGCAAUGGGAGAUCUCCUGGAUAAAAUAUUCAUCCACCGGGACAUUGUCCACUGUGACAAGUGCUACGAGAAGCUCUUCUAGGGCCCUGCGGAGCCCGGAACAGCGCAGCUCCUGAGCGGCUGACACUGCAGAAUUCCUGCCCCGCUUCCCUCGAGCUCUUUUCCCUCUCGCUGCCCCGUGGAUGAGUUCAGCACCUGCUGGUCGAUGCUGUCAGCUGCACCGUGUGAUGGGAAGGAGAUAAGGCAGCAUUUCCCGGAGGUGCUGAGCCCAAAGCCUGGCUUUACCUGCACAAGGGUUCCCAGUGCUCCUGGAGCUGGAGCCAGACACAGCUCCCAGGUUUAUCCCAGCUCAUUGCCACGAGGCUCUCUCAUGGUUUUUGGAUUUCUUUCCCUCGUGUGAGCUGGCACGCAGGCACUGGGAGCCUUAAACACUAAAUUUGGAUUCUUGGGAGGGUUUGAAUUUAGUCCUUAGCAAAAGCCUAUUUCUGCUUUUUUUUUUUUUCACCCCCAAAUUCAGCCUAGAAAUAGCUUCUGCCUGGUCUCCAUUUGCUUUCCUCAGGAUUCCAGGAGCACUUCCAAACUCUGUUCUAAUUGUGUGUCAGCUCUAAUUCCCCUUCCUGAGGAUGCUGCAGCAGCACUUGUGGCUGCAGCCUGUUUGGGGAGAUAACACAAGUCCUUCCCCUGGUGUUAAACUCAGGCUCUGAGGGCUCAUGCCAGAGCAGGGGCAUCUCAAUUCCCUCUCCUGACAAAGGGCUCUGCUCAGCUGAAAUCCCAGUUUCCCCCUCCCCAGGGCUUUGCCCACACCUCUUCUUGCUGUAAACUGUUCACAGCCCAAAUGCUCCAAAAAUCCAGCAGACGCUGCACUCAGUAAAAUCAGAAUUGUGUCAUUUGAGCCCUUAACGCAGAGCUGAGAGGUUUGGAAUGCUGAAUAUUCAAAGUCAGGUGUCCUAAAAGUGUCCAGACUUCCUGUUUCCUCAUGGGAAGCAUUAGGAAUUAUAGAAUUACAGAAUGAUUUGGGGUUGGAAGGAGUUAUUCAAGGGCAGGGACAUCUUCCC